GGCAUUAGUUGUUGUCUCAUUUUUUGUGAAUUGCGAACUUCCAAUAAUUCACCGUACUACCCUUCACUUAUUUUCUUGUGCUUAGGACUUCGGAAAAUAAAUAUUUGUCCUUUAUUCUACAAAAGGUUUACCAGAGAUCUUUCGCAGAUCAGGGAAUUGACUCGAGAACGAUUUACGAACACGACAACACUUUCGAGGAUACAGAAAAAGGAAGCAAUAUAGAACGAUUCCAUACUUUACAUACAACAGAAAAGAUGUCGGAAUCAAAGGAAUAUACAUAUGCUGAGGCCGCCGAACAUAAGACCAAGAAGGAUUUGUUUAUGGUUAUUCAUGACAAGGUUUACGAUACUUCCGCUUUUGUUGAUGAACAUCCUGGUGGAGAAGAAGUCCUCCUUGAUGUUGGCGGACAAGACGCAACUGAAGCAUUCGAGGAUGUUGGACACAGUGACGAGGCAAGAGAAAUCCUUGAUGGUUUACUUGUUGGUACUUUGAAACGCAUGCCAGGCGACCCAGCCCCAAAAGCUCCAGCAGCAACUGCCUCUCCAUCUAGCUCCCAAGGCGAAGCCGGUAUGGGUGUCGGUCUCUACGCUAUCAUUCUCAUUGGUGGACUUGCAGCCUUCGGUGCUUACAAGUACAUGUUGACCCAAGAGGGUGCCAUUCCAGUUCAAGCUUAAAUACCCUUUGUAAGCUCGAAGAUUGGGAGUUGGGUGCAAGGAGCAUAGAGUGGAUAUACACAAAUGUGAAGUUUUGAGAACAUUAGAGUGAUGGGCGGGGGAUGUAUAAUUUGAUAUGAAGAACGGGCAUGCAUGCAGAAUCUUUGGCGUGGCGCAUUCAACAUAUUCAAAUUUAUUCUUCAUUCUUCGUAUGUAAGGAUAGGGCUUGCGAAGUUUCGAGGCAGACCUUAUCCUUCUCUUGCGUUUGAUUCAGCAGGAGAUUCAUAGGAAUGGAUAGUUCAUAAUAGAUCGUUUAUUUUACCUUCUUCUGAGAUUCUCUUCUAAUUUCA